AUGGUGUGCCACACUUUCCGAGCCGUGGCGCACCAGACCACAUUCUUCAUCAAUGGUUCUCGUGCACCGUUCCGUCAUGGUCCGUGGAGAGUCACGAACCAGAACCCCACGGGCAUGGCAUACAAUGCAACGCAGAGAGACAUCAUGUAUGUCUUUCCAAAGCAGAGGAACCCGGCUAGCCUUCGGACAAACUAUUGGGUAUCCUGGGCAAUACGCUUGUCUUUGACGACCGUGAUGCUGCCGGGUCGGGAUGAUUCGCCGCGCGCGCCUGCACUUCCCCGUCUCGGCGCCCCCGGACAGGUUUUGGUCAUGUUUGGGUAG